UCUCUGUGGCUGCUCCGUCUGCGUGAAGCUAGUUUGUAAAACUUUAGCUUUAAAUUAAAAGAACAAACAAAAAACAACUUGAUUUCUUGAAUUCAAGAUGAAAACAGCGGAUUCAAAAUAUUCUGAAAGAAACGCCUUUAAGAGCUGAAGCGUCGACCGGCAGGAGGAUUUUCUCCUGGUGAGACAGAAACAUCAGUGAUGUCGAAGCUGCUUGGCUCUCUGCUUCUCCUGUGUUUACUUCCAGCUGUGGUUCCCCUCUUCUGUUACACCUGUGUGUUCCCCACCAUCUCCCCUCUGGACUGCAUCAGAUUCCCCCUGAAGUGUCCACCUGGGCAGCUCUGUCUGUCCAGCCGAGCCGUGGGUGAGAAAGGGGACUUCCGUGUGGUUUUGUACGAGAAGAGCUGCGUCCUGCCCUCCCUGUGCGGAAUCACGGGUGAAAAAUACGCGCUGGGACUCAACUUCACCUUCACCAAUGAAUGCUGCAACACUCACUUGUGUAAUGGUGCUGCUACAUCUGCUGCCCCCUACUGGAUUGGGACAUUAUUCACACUUCUAACUCUGUACUCCGUUUGGUGAAUAGUCAACGAUAUAAAGCAGUUUGGCAGAGAUAGAGUUCCUAUUUCCCCUCUAACGGACAA